GACCUUUAUUUUGAAAAGUCCCAAACAGGAAGUUGUCGUCCUGCGCUCUGUUUAGCUGUAGAAAUGUUCCGCUUACAAUGAAGGUGAAGGUCCAAGGCUGUAGUUUAAACCACUAAAGCCACUUUUCAGGAAACGGGUAUCAAGCCAGCAGUAUUCAGCCAUGGAAGACGACAUACAAGAGGAAGUCCUUUCACAGUUCAAGGAGAGGCGACUGGGCGGCUGGCAGGUCCUGCAGCUGACGGCGGGCACGGGUUUGGCGGUCUAUGCUGUCUGGGCAGGAAUCCUCAUGCCGGGGUUUCGCCGAGUGCCUCUCAGAUUACAGGUGCCUUAUAUGCCAGCGAGCAGAGCUCAAGUGAGUAACGUCAUGACUCUCCUGAAGGGCCGAUCUGGAGGCGUCGCUGACCUGGGCUCAGGGGACGGCAGGAUUGUGUUAGAAGCGUGCUCUCGGGGUUUUUCUCCAGCAGUUGGUUAUGAGCUCAAUCCCUGGCUUGUUCGUCUUGCGUAUUUUCAUGCGUGGAGAGGUGGGCAACAUAGAAGUGUUUCAUAUCGGCGAGAAGAUCUAUGGAAGGUUGAUCUCUCGGCAUUUAAAAAUGUCACAGUGUUUCUAGCCCCUAGUGUGUUAAGUCUUUUACAAAAGAAGUUGCUGGCCGAGCUGCCUGAAGAUGCUGUGAUUGUGGCGGGACGUUUUCCGUUUCCUGAUUGGACGGCGUGUAAAGUAGAGGGUGAAGGUGUGGACAGAGCGUGGGCCUAUCACGUACAAGAACUGAGACAUCGCUACAAGUCACAAGAUAGACAUGAGGAAACCAGCUGAGAAACAUUUUAAACCUGUGCUUUCUUCUUAUUAUGUAUUCAUUUUAUCAUGUUUUAUGGAAUUGUUUGAUGCACAGAAUGUUUUUACAAGAUUUAAACUAUUAAUUCAUCUUUUUAUUGUGCCCUCACUCUUAAGUGAAACAAAACAUAAGAUGUCGAAAACAAAGCUGCUGUCUGUGGGUGUUCCUUAAAGGGUUUGAACACGCGGAACACCCCCUUUCUU